AAAAAAAAUAAGGAGGCGCUUUGGCGUAAAACACAGAUUGUAAUACACACACAGAGAGAGAGAGAGAGAGAGAGAGAGAGGCGGUGAGGUUUUCUCGCGGAGGUUCAGUCCUUUACUGAGAGUCUGAGAGGGAUGGGGAGGAGGAUACUGAAUGAUGCUUUGAGGACUAUUGUGAACGCAGAUAGGAGAGGGAAAGCUACAGUGGAGCUCAAGCCCAUCUCCACUGUCAUUUCUUCCUUUCUCCAUAUCAUGAAGCACCAUGGAUAUAUCAAAGACUUUCAAGUCUAUGAUCCGCAUAGAGUGGGGAGGAUAACAGUUGAACUGCAUGGUAGGAUAAACGAUUGCAAGGCCCUUACAUACCGACAAGACAUCAAGGCAAGGGAUAUUGAAUCCUACAGAUUGCGUACUCUUCCAACACAUCAGUGGGGUUAUGUUGUGGUCACAACUCCUGAUGGUAUUGUGGAUCAUGAAGAAGCCAUUAAAAGGAACGUAGGUGGACAGGUUCUUGGUUAUUUUCACUAAAAUAAUCAUCACCAUGUCAUUUUGAUCAGCUAUUGCAGUCAGCUAUAUUUCCUCAUAAACAUUCGAUGAACUCGAUGACGAUGUUUUAUUCAGCAAAGGAUGUCUUGUCUUCUAUUAUUGUUUUUUCCUUGUAGAAUUUUACAUUAGUUCAUGCCAAAUGAGUAUGGUGGAUUUGCUUUCAUGCUUUGUGGAAAUUAGUCCUGUUUUCGUUAAAUAGUAUAAUAGACAUGAAUGGAUGUUAUGAGCCCAUUUGGUUUAAAGCUUAGAAGAAUUGAUUUUAG